AUGGUGCGAACUCGGACCGUCGGAUCGUCCACCAGCCUUCUCCCGUUAAUCAACGCCGGCCACGUGUCUUCCAUCUGGCACGACAUCCUCCUCAUUCCGCCUCCCGCUUCUCCCCCCAACGGCUCCUCCUCCCCGCCGCGCCACCCCAGCGUUUCCCCCUUCAACACCUCCGCUUUCUCCUUCGUCUGCCGCUCCGCCAAAUCCCCUUCCGUCGAUUGCGGCGGGAGCCGAAAGCUUCGGCGCCGCGAUGACCCUCUUUUCCUGUUGGAGAAGCGGAUGGUCGUGAUGGCCCUAGACGGCAGUCUUACCAAACUGCAGCCGUCGCCGUCCGAGUCGCCGGAAACUUCGUCGCCGUUGUCGGCGCUCCUACAAGCUUCGCCGUGGAAUCUGGGUAUCCUGCCGCAGACGUGCGUGCUCGCGUCGCGAUGCAUGUCGAUGUUCUCCUGCUGCGAUGCGAAAGGCGAUUCUGGCGGUUCGGACGUCCGCCAGGGCGAGUCGCGGGAUAAUGAACUCACAGAGUCGCUCAUAACGGCGUGCGACAACGCGCCGCUGGAGGCGCUGGAGAUCGGGUCGCAAGCGCACGAUCCUGGCGACGUGUACGACGUUUUUCCGCUGCUGGCGAUGCCCCUGCGACUGCGGGGAUCUGGGCGAAACAGCAUGCCGAUUUCGUGGAGGAUCGUAACCAUCGCAGCGGACGACGAGCUGGUGACGAGCGGGCAGCUGAAACAUUCCAUGCGCGAUUUGUUGGAUCGCGUUCGCGAGUGGGCGAAAAAGUCGGAGUCCUUUCGCGAAAUAGCGGGACCAGGUCGCUCCCCCAAUCUCUUCUUUGACGCCUCCCCAUCGGCCUCACCCGCAGAAGCAGCCAACAGAGAGGCGUGCAGAAGUCAAUCCGGACUUCAGUACUCGACAACUCAGAGCGAGGAGAGAGGGGCGUGUGGCGGCGGAAGCGGAGGAGCAUCGCUGAGAAGGAUCUCAAGAAUCAACGGUCGACAUUCAAAGUCUGAACGCGAGAAGAGAGGAGUGGAGGAACCGGAGGAGAAAUGGGGAAAGUCGGCAAGGGAAGCAGAUGAAAGGGAGCAAGUGGAGAAAGCAGCAAGUCAAGCCCGGGAGGCAGAGGAAGGGGAGGAAGUAGCAGAGCAGAGGGAGCAAGUGCGGGAAGCGGUGCAAGCAGUGCUGCAUGCACACAGCACGUGGCGAAUCUUCUGCCCCACUCUGCGCCGACCUGCUCUCAAGCGCCUGGAGAAUCAUCACCGUGGCCGCUCGCACCUGCCCGAAAAAGGCCAUGGCAGCUCUCACCUGCCCGAGAACCACCAUGGCGGCUCGCACCUGCCUGGGAACCAGCAGCAGCAGCUACAGCAGCAGGAGCGACAGAAUAAGCUUGUGCGCAGCCCUGUAUUGUCAUGCCACUCUUCUUCCAGUGCUCUGCCGGCUCUCUCUUGGUCCUUCUCGUCCUCUCCUUCUUCUCCCUCUUCCUCUCCCUCGUCUUCUCCCUCACAUUCGGCCUCGUAUAAGGCAGCUUCGUUGCCGUCUAAGGCUGCAUGCUCCAGCCGGGCGGCGUAUCUAACCUGCCAAAGCAGAUCUGAUACGGACAUCAGUGCCAUGGGCGUGUGGAGGCUGAUUGCUCCUCAAGAGAGCUAUGGGCUUCCGGGGCUGGUCUCUGCUGUUACACCUGCCUCCUCGAUCCCCUCCUCUCACUCCCUCAUCUCGAUCCCCUCCUCUCACUCCCUCAUCUCGAUCCCCUCCUCUCACUCACUCAUCUCGAUCCCCUCAUCCCACUUUCUCAACUCAAUCCCCUCCCUUCACUCCAUCUCAAUCCCCUCCCUUCACUCCAUCUCAAUCCCCUCCUCUCCCUCCCUCAUCUCAAUCCCCUCUCACUCCCUUGCCCCUAUCCCCUCCUCUCACUCCUUCAUCCCAAUCCCCUCCUCUCACUCUCUCUCACUCCACCACCGCGCCUCCAUCCCCCUCUACUCGCCAUUCCAGCAUACAAUCAGGUGGUAG